GCACUCUGGCGGCGAACAGCGGAGAUAGCUCAAGGGGGAGUGAGGAACCGCCAUUCUGCCCGGGAUAUAGUAACUGUACACUUGUGCCUGUGUGUUAUGCUUGUGAAUACUUUGUCCCCUUCGCCUUGACACCUCGGAGUGCCACAGAUUGUCCGUAUUUUUGUUGUUGCUGCUGUUUCCGUUGCUGCCUUCGUCGUCGCCACCGCCGCCGCUGCCGCCUCUACUACUAUAGACAAAGUUGCUGCUACUUCGAUUGUUGCUGUCUCUACAUUACACCCCAAAACCGUAAUAUGGACCGUUCGCUGUAGCCACGUAAACCAUCCACACCUACAAGAAGAACGCGUCUCAAUAACCAGGCGGGCAGAGUGGCUUUGUAUGGUGUAGCAAUGGCGCCCUCGGCUGUGAACCGCCCUUUGGUCAAGCUCAACGAUACUUCCUUACACUUCAGGCGAAAACCCCACAUCUCUCAGGUGAUUGUGUGUACCUCAGCUGAGACGAUCGACGUGACCUGUAUCACAGGAUAUGAGUUUUCGACCAAGAAACCGAACAUCAGAAUGGUGUUCAUACCUGACAUCCAGAUAUACAACAAGAUACCAAAUCUUUUCGAAAGUGACUCACGCACAGCUGUGAGCUUCCUCCUCGAACUCCUGAAAACGGCUUGCGUCAAGGCUUUAAGCUACGAGGAGGUGCAGAGUCUCAGAGAAGAGAAGUUUGACUUAAUCCUCGUGCAAGCUGUAGGCAGCGAGUGUUUUUUGUCGUUUGUCCAUGAACUGAAGGUUCCAUUUAUCUUCGUCAACCCAAACAAGGCUGUCGGAAUGUACGCCCCUUUAUCAGGAACUCCAGCCUUCCCUUCCCUGACCACUGGCUUCUUCAUCGACUUGGAGUAUCCGCUCACAUUCACGGGACGCAUGAUCAGCACUCUCUACAACAUUCAGUUCACAGCGUACUACGAUUGGUCCAUAGUUUCGAGUCAAGAUGCAGAGUGUCGUGCGCGUCAGCUGUGUGCUAAGGACAUGCCCAGCCUGCUGCAGCUCAGACUUAACAGCAGCCUUUUCAUCACCAAUAGCGUGAAGACAAUGGAGAUCCCAACUCUGCCUUACACGCCUACAGUGGUGCACGCUGGAGGUAUGCAUUGUCGACCUGCCAAGCCACUCCCUCAGGACCUGCAGCAGUGGAUCGCCGGCGCUGGAGAGUCUGGGUUUAUUUUCUUCAGUUUGGGGAGUCUCGUCAAACCCUCCACCAUGGACGAAAAAUACAGGAAGGUGUUAGUGGAGGUGUUCGGGUCCCUACACCAGCGGGUUCUGUGGAAGUGGGACGAGAACACCAUGGAGGGCCUCCCACCCAACGUGCGACUGUCCAAGUGGCUCCCGCAACAGGAUAUUCUCGGUCAUCCACAGCUUCGACUCUUCAUAACACAUGGGGGUCUGUUAAGUCUCCAGGAGGCCACAUACCAUAGUGUGCCAGUGCUGGGUAUGCCAGUCGCUAUGGAACAAAAUGAAAACAUGCGGAUGGUGGAGCGAGAGGGAUGGGGUCGUACCCUUUACUGGGAGGACCUCACUAAUGAUAACUUCCGUAACCGCAUCCUGCAGGUCAUGGACGAUCCUAUCGUGCGAAAGGAAGUGGAAAAGCGAAACAGAAUAAUGCAUGACCAGCCAAUGUCGCCAGGCGAUUGGGCCUCCUACUGGGUGGAGUAUGUUCUUCGACACCAAGGAGCAGUCCACCUUCGAUCCCCUGCCGGCCAGGUCCCGUGGUACGAGCUGUACAACGUGGACGUGUGGGCGGUAUUGGUGGUGGUGACUGUGCUGACUUUGGGACUAACUUCUUGGGUCUUCUAUAGAGUCUUUCUAGCACUGGUGCAUUGUUGUUGUGGCCCAAGGAAGACUAAGAAAGAGUAAGUAAACCCUCAGCACGCCACUCUUCUCACUACAUACAUAAUGCGGCUCAAGAGGAACGAUUGUAUUCGGAAAUACAUUGUUUUACAUUA